UGUUAGGAGGUGGGGGCAGGCAAUACGCUGUUAAGUUUUCAAAGUGCCCAUUUAACAAACGUCCAAAUAAGAAAAGUUGGUUCCCAAGCUGGAAACAGGGGAAGUCACAUUGGAAGAGAAAAGGUGUAGGACUGCUCCUUUCUGGGACUAGAUUACACUACGUGGAAGACUGAUUCUAAUUAAGCAGUGUUUUUUUUUUUAGCUUUUUGACACUUAAGCAGUCUUUUUGUAAAAUUGUAUGCGUAUUAUAGUGCCACAUUGUGUAUUGCUAAAACGAUUAAGAAGACAAUGUUUGGAGUUAAAAAUACUCAUUGAUUAAUCUGAUUUAUUGUGUCAGAGCACAAAGCACUGCCUGCUUCAUCUGGAGCGCCCGCCCAUUGGGCUUUCUGCGGAGUGAUAGUGGGAGAUUGAUUGUAGUCUCUGGGAUUUGCUGAGGAGAAAACCGGAGUCUGCUUGGACUGCGAUUUGCUCUCCCAUCAGUGAAGGGGAGAAAAAUAGCAACGACUUAUGCCAAUCUGACUUUAUACCACAGAUACGAUCCCCUGUCGGCUACACAUCUAGAAACCCGUCUUUAGGUGGCCUAUCCAAAUACGUCUAAGUCACGCUGGACUUUGGUUUUUACCGAGGACGCUGCGAGAGUGAAUCGCCUCCGCAGUCUCGGAUGCGUAAACGGGGAGUGAGUGGGUUGGGUCGCCUUGGAGCCUGGCAUACGCAUAUCGUCAGCGUUAAAAGCAGAUAGGUGAGGGUGAAAGCUGGGGGAAGCGGUACCCGAUGCUUUUAAGCAGAAGGACGCAGGAGAGGUGAGUGGGACACUUGCAAACCGCCGGAAUCACCGGCUGUGGAUUUGCCUCUCAAGAUCAGCCUCCGGCUGCUUUUGUCUCCCAGGAUUCGUGGACCUUCUUCUUUCUGAUUCAGGACCAGUGGUUAACCACACUGUCAAAACCGACCAGACAUCGCCUCCUCAUCUACUAGGAAUAUUAGAAGUGAAUCCGCGGGGCAACACACAAUGGCCACCGGUGCGCUCGUUCUUGCUUGUGCGCUGCUUGCCGGUGUUGCCGUGGCCCAGAGAGUGGUAACGGUGCAGACUGGGCCACUGAUACGGACCGAGGGCUCCCAUGUGACUAUCUGGUGCAACGUGACAGGCUACAAAGAUGGAGUGGAACAGGAUUUUGAGUGGUCCAUGUACCUGACAUCAGCACCGGACCGGGAGAUCCGCAUUGUAAGCACGGCUCAGCCAAACUAUGCCUACGCCUUGUAUGCCCAGAGGGUGAACAGUGAAGAAAUCUAUGUGGAGCGGCUGAGCCGUGACUCUGCUGUGCUUCACAUCACCAAAGUGCAGGCCAACGACCAGGGUCUGUUUGAGUGUUACACACCCAACACAGAUGGGCGAUACCUUGGAUCCUACAGUGCACGCACAAACCUCACUGUCAUUGCUGACUCGUUGACAGUAACGGCUCCAGCCCAGACUCUGUCCAAAGUGGAAGGUGAUACACUGCAACUUACCUGUGAGGUGUCUCGGACCACGCUACAACAUACUCAUUUGUCAGUGGGUUGGUACCUUCGAUCACCGGAGGACGCCGCUGCACCACCGCAGGAGCUUGUCACCUUGUCGAGGGACUUUGUUCUGCGCUCCGGGGGUCCGUACCGGCAGAGGAUGGCAGCAGGGGACCUCAGGUUGGAUAAAACCAGCACUACGGCCUACAGGCUGACCAUUCACAAGCUUCAGCCAAUGGACCAGGGCCUACUUUACUGCCAGGCUGCUGAAUGGAUUCAAGACCCAGAUGACAGCUGGUUCACCAUGACCCGCAAGCAGAGUGACAAGACUCAACUCCGCAUUCAGCCUACUGAUCGGGACUUCAGCAUCCAGGUGAGCACGGACCGACGGUCCUUCACGGCCGGUGAGCCGCUGGAGCUCCGCUGCACCAUUGAGGCCCAGAACGUCCCUGAGCGUUUCUUCUCGGUGUCGUGGGUCUUCAGCAGCUCACCGGUGGCCGUGGUGGGCCCCAGUGCUGUGCCUGUCCUGGGCCAAAAUUAUGUCACCCGUGAGGCGGCUGGUCAAAUGACCAUACGUAAAGAGAGUGCAAAUGUGCACCUGCUCAAGCUGCAGCACCUACGUCUCGAAGAUGCUGGGAAAUACAUCUGCCGUGUAACGGAGCGAGAGAAGACACCCACGGGAGACUUCAUCGACCGCAGCAAGAGGUCUCGCAAUGUCCAGAUCACAGUGCAGCCACUCAAGAGCAACAUCACAGUGUCGUUGUCCAGUAACUCCUCAGAGGUUCUAGAGGGCGAUGUGAUUCAGCUGACCUGUUCGGUCCAGUUCACUACGGGGACCCUGUCUGUUGUCUGGCAGUGGGCAGAUAAACAGGAAACUGAACCAGCCCUGGAUGUGGCCUCUGUGGACCGGGAUGGCACUGUUUGGCACAGCCCCACCUACAAAGAGCGCUCCAGUUAUGGGGAGAUACGUGUGGAGAAGGUGCACGCUGAUGCGUUCUCUCUGUCCCUAUACAAUGCCUUACCUGAGGAUGAGGGCCAGUACCGCUGCACAGCCACUGAGUGGCUUCAGACCGGCACUGAACCAGAGCUAAACUGGGAGCAGAUAGGAGAGAAGUCAGCCACCAAGACAGUCACCGUCAAGACUGUUGAGUCUUCCUUCAUGGUGUCGGCCUCAUCACGGACGCCAUCCAUAUCCUUCGGAGACUCGUUUGACCUCCUCUGCCUGGUCAAGCCUCGUCACAACCCUCGUGUCCCCACCUCUGUCACCUGGCGCUUCAUGCCGGCUGGCACAGAAGCUGAGGACAAUGAUCAGGGACAGUUCAAAGACCUGGUGACUUUCACCCGUGAGGGCACACUGCAGUGGGGGGAGCAGUUGCUGGGGCUGGGUACUCGCACCACAGUGGACCGCUCCCACUCUAACACCAACUUCCGGCUGUCAGUGACCCGGGCAGGGCGUCGUGAGGCGGGCAAAUACCAGUGCACUGCUGUCCUUUGGAGGAGAAACUACGACAACAGCUGGAGCAGAGUAGCCAACCGCACUUCCAAUCUGCUUGGCAUCAGUGUCCUGCAGCCAGAGAGUAAACUGCAAGUGCAAAAGACCAACCAGUCUCAGGUGUACUUAGAGGACAGUCGUGUCAGGAUCAAUUGCUCCGUCACCUCCCAGACCAGCCAGGACUCCCAGCAUGCUGUGCUAUGGUACGUGAGGCGAGCGGCGGGGUCAGAAGCUGAUGAGCUCCUGUUGAGAAUUGAGCGCUCAGGGGCCUUUGAGUACGGCGCCUACGCGGAUGAAGAGAGACUGCGACGUCGUGUGCAGGCUGAGCGGUUGUCACCCCGUCUGUAUGUGCUGACGCUGAACAGGGCGGAGAGCAGUGAUUCUGGGACGUACUACUGCCUGGUGGAGGAGUGGCUGAGUGACCCAGAUGGAGCCUGGUAUCGACUCUCCCGGGAGUCUUCAGGGUUCACACAAGUUCUGGUCCGGCGGCCAGAGGUUCGACUGCAGGUAGAGAAGAUGGAGUCAAAUGUGACGGUGGAAGAGUCCAGUUCAAUCCGACUGGGCUGUAGCAUUCCUUCCCAGUCAUCCCGAGACUCGCGCUUCUCCGUGUCCUGGUAUGUGGACCGCUCUGAAGACGAGGAUAACGAUGACCAGCCAAGUGAGGAAGAAGGAGAGCGGGAGUGUGUGUUCUCCAUUGGCCAUGAUGCCGUUUUCGGAAAUGGAAACUGCAGCCCCAGAGAGGAGGUGGGCCCAAACUCCCGCCUACAGUUUCAGAGGAUGACCUCUGACCUGUAUACCCUGACCAUCCAAGGAGCUCGACCAACAGACACAGGUCGAUACUACUGCCAUGUAGAGGAGUGGCUACUCAACCCCCGCAAUGCAUGGUACCACCUGGCCAGCAACAACUCUGGGUUCACUACCGUCAAUGUACUGCAACAAGUGUCCAGUCUCCAGUCAGUGGUGUGCUCCAACGCCGCCCUCUUCUACUUUGUCUUCUUUUACCCAUUCCCCAUCUUCGGCAUCCUGCUCAUUGCUAUGCUGCUAGUGCGCUACAAGAGCCGCAACAGCAGCAAGAGCCAAGAAGGCAAGAAUGGCGCCCCCCUGCUGUGGAUUAAAGAACCUCACCUCAGCUAUUCUCCCACCUGUUUGGACCCACCUGCGCUCAGCCUGCAUCCUGGCUCGGUUGACUAAGCCAGAGUCUUCCCCUUCUGUCGCGCACACACCGCAGAUGCAGCCAACACAAUGCCAGGGAGCAGAUCUGGACUCUACCUUCAGACGUAACUGUUGUUCACUGCUCUGUUGAAUUAGUCAAUCAGUUGAUCAGUUUUAAAAAAUUGUACCCUGGUGGCUGCCUAUUUUAUGUUGACAACUGUGUGUGUUUGGGUGUGUGUGUGGAUGCGAACGUUUGCCAUGUUAGCACGAUUAAUUGUGCGAGUGCAAAUUGAAGGGCAAGAGAGUAUUGUUAGCUGCUCACAUUUUUGGUUUGUGUGAAACUUAAUCUCAUAGCUGCAUUUUGAUUUUUAUUACUCUGAAUAUUUGUCUAUUUUUCAAAAGUGAAAAAAAACUGCGCGUAUGAGAUCAAUGGCCAAUCCGGGAAGAACAUUUAAGAGAAGGAACUUUUAUAAUCGGCUCCGGCACAGAGGGGAUGCCAAAAAAAGUCUCCGCACUGAUCCAAGAGCAGCCGUAGCCUGGCCCACUAUGUAGGUUGCCAUAGCGAUGCUCUGUGCCCAUUGACUCCGUAGCCGAUGACUUGGUUUCCAGCCUGUGUAGAGACAAAGGCAAGGACACACAAGCCUAUGUUCUAAGUGAGGAUGUGUGUAUGUGUGUUGGCCCACCUGCUUUCACAAUGAAUUUGCCUUGGCAAACAGAAACAGGCCCUGGUGCACCACUUAAACACUGCCAGACACUCUGGCCUUAGUGAGAGACUGCUCUGCUCUUCCCUUCAGUCCUCCUCCUCUCCAAAAAGAGACAGCGAGAGAACGAGAGGGAGGGAGGUCGAAAAUAAUACCGAAUAGAUGAACAGCUCUCUCCUGCUGAGGAUAUACAUACUUUACCACAGGGGAUUUUUUUUUCCAGUGCCAAGUCCUCCUUGUUUCCACACUGUCUUCUGUAGCCAAUGUUUGAAGAUUUUAAGACUGUGAGGAAAGCUGAUCGGUUCUGAAGCAGAUUGUAAAUAUGUCUGCUUACCUCCUGCUGUGGGUUUACGGGCUUUGUGGGCAAAAGGGCAAUUUUUACACUCAUGUUGAAUCAGUUGAAUUGCCCUUCUCAAAUUACACAGUAGAAGCCUACUGACUGGAGUUGAAUCCUUGCACAUUUCUUUAGGUUCCAGGAUGACCACUCUGUCAUCUCUUUAAGAUAUCAGUAACUCAAAAAAGUUAUUACAUAUUAGUUACAAAAAAAGACUUGACUUGUUAAGGGCCACAUUGAUGAUUACUAAUGUGUAGAUGUGUGAGGACACACUUUAAAAAUGUAAUCCACACAUUAUUUAAAAAAAUUUUUUGGGUGGAGGCAAAAAAAAUGUACUUUUGUUUUAAAGAUUUUUCUAUUUAUUGUUUUAUACUACUUUGCAUAGCUUUGUAUGGUUUCCUUUUUGCUUUGAAAUUCUCUAAAACUGUGCAGCUUGUGUUGCCAAGCAACUGCACCAAGCAGAUUAUGUCAAUAGCCUUGUGUGUUGGCAGCGUGGUAGAUGUAGAAAUGCUAGAUUUGUCCUGCGCAUUGCAGUCUGUAGCAUUUCAUACCAGAGUGUCAAGUUUGGUCAGUGUCAAAACACUGUAUAUCUAUACUUAUAAUGAAAUUUAAUGUGGCUUUAAAUGUACAGUAGGUGAACAGACAAGUCACAAAAAUGGAUUCACUUAAUGCUUUUUUUUUUUUUGCUUGAGUCACGUUUAUUUAGUGAAAUGUGAUGUAACACCUAGGUUGGAUGUUUGAUCACAGACAGCUGAAACUGAACUGCUAAAACGCCUUCUAAUCAUGGAUUCUAGCUGAAGGCAUCCUCCUCGGUUUGCCUGACACGAGGCACAUGGGUUGAAAAUCUGUGUCACCUUCCUUGGAAUGCAACAGCCAGGAGAGGUGCGAAAUAUUUUACCCGAUCUGGGCCCAACAGUUUCACUGCCAGACUGGAUAUGAACACUCUUGAAAACUUGUAUCAAUUGUGUCAACAUGUAUAUUGCAUGACAAUAUUGAAGGAGGAAUUUUGAUGUUUUGUAAUCUUUGAACUCUGAGCAUUGUGUUUGUGUGACAGAGCAGUGCCCAAACUUCCUGAGUCAACACAAAGCCCGCCCCCUCAUCAUUUACAUUAUCUGACUGCCAAUGAUGCCCUAUGAACCUGUGAAGUAAUUCGUUUUAAGAAUGGGUGUUGUGAAGAUUGUUUGAUAUUAUUGCUCAUAUUUGUCUUUUUAAUGCUUUGCUGUUAUCCGGCACUUCAUUAAAUUGAUUUAUGUCAAAAAAAACAAAACAAAAAAAAAAGUAUGUUAUGUAGAAAUUACUGACACAAGCUGCUGAGUUCUGAUGAAGAAGAGCUGGCGCUGUUUAGUCAGAAAUGUGAUGCAUGUGCAGUGAGUUCAGCUACAACUAAACUGAUCGGUGUUUUCAAAGAAAAAGCACACCAAUUAGCUGCUUGUCUACUCAUUAAUGUGUUACACAUGUUUUCAAAAAGGAGAUUGAUGUGGAUAAGCAAUUUUUAGCAAAGAAUUUGGUUUAUGUGCACACUCAAUCUCAGUACAGUGUACCUACUGUAUAUACACACGUGGACAAAAUUGUUGGUGCCUUUCCGUUGAAGAAAGAGAAACUCACAAUGGUCACUGAAAUAACAAAUUACAAAAGGAGUGGGCCAAAAUACCCAUCGGCAGGUGCAGAAGUCUCAUUGAGAGUUACAGAACUCACUUGAUUGCAGUGACUGCCUCAAAAGGUUGUGCAACAAAAUAUUAAGUUAAGGGUACCAUCAUUUUGGUCCAGACCAGUUUCAUUAGAUUGUUUUUUAAAAUGCUUCUGUUGAACCACAAUUCAAAAGCAAUGUCUGCUUUUCAUUAGUUAAUUUU